UCCAGCAUGUUGUCUCUCCUUGCUGCUUCGGCCUGUGUGCUGGUUGGUUGCAUUUUUGUUCCUUCAGCAGAAGUUUUUAGGCUCUCAGAUCAGUAUCUCCCACUGUGGAAUGAGACUCCUGGUCAGUUCAGUGACUACAGUGUGGAGAAUGGAAAGUACAUUAUUGAUCCCUGGGUAUACCCUAAGAGAAUGGGCAUGUAUAAAGUCCUCCUGAACAAGACAGCCAGUUAUUUUGAAAAAUUCGCACCAGAUAAUGAACAAAAUUUUUUAUGGGGAUUACCUUUGCAGCAUGGCUGGCAAUAUAAAACAGGCAGAUUGGUUGAUCCCACCCGAACGACAGACUGUGGCUAUGAAUCUGGAGAUCGUUUGUGCAUCUCUGUAGACAGUUGGUGGGCUGAUAUGAAUUACUUUCUCUGUGCACUGCCCUUCCUUGCUGCAGUUGAUUCUGGCAUAAUGGGGAUAUCAUCAGAUCAAGUGCUGCUUUUGCCACCAUCCAAGGACCAGACAAAGUUUUGUCUUAAUGUUUCUAGUUGUCAGUCCUCCUUUCCUUCAACAAUGAGGAAGUGGAAUGCCCUUUACCAGCAUUUGCAGUCACCUUCUAGUAGCUUCGAGGACUUAUUGAAGUACUUGUGGGAGGCACAUGUCUCAAGCUUGAAAGAUGGUUACAAAAUUUUUGAAGACAGGUUAGAAUAUUAUUCUAAACCAGAAGCGGGCUUUGGGAGAGAUUGGUGCGUGGUUUUGGACUAUCUAGCUGCAGCCAGCUUUCCCACAAUCUUUAGUACAGUAUCUGAGUUCCAGCAGGCCCUGCCACCUCGAGUGCUUGUGGAUGGGGACAAAGCUCCCUUCAUCAGCAACUUUACUGACCUUCAGAACAUACUCCUGCUUGGUCUAAAUCUUCUUCAUAAAGUGGAUAGCGCAACAGGUUCACUAUCUUUAACUAUAUGGAAAAUUUUAAUGAAGACACAGGCUGCAAAGAUGCUACUUCUAGAGAUUUUUGAAGCAAUUCUUGCAAUCUUUAAUCCAACAUCUCUGGGAUGAUUAGUGAAUCAAAAUGAACAAUUCUAACUUGCUGAGCAACAGUAAUAUCAAAAUUUAACACUGCCACAAUCAUACAGUUUUCUUGUUUCUGGUGUCUUUGACUUAUGCUUAUGUGUUAGGACUUUGUCCAUGCCUUCCCAUCUUCAGGUUCAAAUUAAUGCUAUCAUGAUUUUGCUCAAUUAAUAAUUCUUGAUUUUUAAAUUUAUUAAUACUUAAAAUGUUCAAGAUCUAAAGAAGAUUGUAUUAAUCUAUCAUAAACCAGCAAGAAAUAAAUAGACAAUAAACUUG